UCUGUCUGGGUAUCUCUUUUUUUUUUUCUUUCAUGUAUGUGUGUUUUUCUAUGGUCUGUGUAAUUGAUUAUGUAUAUGUAUGGUGUUAUGCCUUUACAGUGUACCUGGAUGAAAUAGAUCAAUUUAUUUUUUCAAAUAUUCUAAAAUAAGCCUUUGCCGAGGUCAAUCUGGGGGUCCUGAAUCAAAAUCAGUUUAUAUGCACAAUAUGCACUUUAAAAAUACUGUGCACUGACUUUUGUGUCUACUCUUAUAAUUAAAUCAGAAGAGGCUUUUUUUGUUUUUUGUUGUUGCAAUGUUCAAAAGUUUUCAAAAGACUAAUGCAGUCAGAGCAGAACAACAUUUAUGUGUGUGUGUGUGUGUGCAUGGUCUUUGAAUGUUGUGGCUGACGAUGUAGAGUGUUGGGGGACUGGCUGAUGAGCUGUGUGGUCAAUUCCAAUGGUGUGGUCUCUGAUGGCCAGGUUUAUUUGUCACCUUUUACUUGUUGACGUCGUUGGUGGUUGGAGGCCGCCACAAACACUCACUCAUCGACUGUUACCACAAGGGAAGGUUAGUUUGUUUUUCGGUCUCUUGGCUUCCAGUGCUGCUUUAAUUCUCUUGGCUAUUGCCUACUACACCUAACAGGUCUGCUGCCAUGUUUGCCCCAGCUGUAAUGAGCGGUCAAUCUGACCGGCUGGCGAACUCGAUGUAUGGGGCUGGCCCUGGUGCAGUCACAAUGCCAUUCAUUGCUCAACUGAAACGGUCACUGGACCUCCGUCUGGGAGGUGCCGGGUUUGGGGGGCAGCUGCCGAAAGCCUCUGGUAGUGUCCAGGUGACCCCCUCAGCCCAGCUCACAUCCAAGCCUGAUGGUCAGAGCCCAGGGCUGACUGCUGAAGAGGCAGACACAAAGGAAGGAGGCACAGCCCAUUCUGCUGAUGGAAAAGACAAAACGAGUGUAGCCCUAAACGGCUCAGUUCGACCCCCAAGAAAUCGGUGGCUGGCACAAGCAUUAAAGAGUCAACAGGCAAGCAGUGCCUCAGAGACACCAAAGGAGGGUGGGACCAAACCCGCUGUCGUGAAGCCCCACGGAAGUGUUGCUCAAAUGAACGGAGCCGUGAUAUCGGCAGAUGGUAGGGGGAUUGCACGGCACAAAGCCUUGGCAAGCAACGGCUCCCAUAUGGGAAGCAUGAAGGUCCUGGAAUCAGCAGAGCCCAAAGUCCUGGCUCAAGGAAGUCGCAGGUCGGUUGCUGCCUGCAGGGGCACUGGUCUCUCCUCCCAAGGCCUAACAACACGAGAGGGCCCUAGCCUUGGGGGUGUGAAGGCGGGCUUUGGUAUGCGAGACGGCCUGAGAAAGUUUGACAAUGACAAAGAUGAAAUCUCAAAUCUUCGCUGGAAGCUGAAAAGUCUGCAGUCAGAGUACACCAGCUUGUCCAACAAAGCCCAGGAGAACAAUCUACCUAAACAGAUCAAAACGCUGCAAAUUCUGUCAUCCAACGUUCGGAAGUUACGUGCCCAGUUCCCUGUCGACCGAGCCACCCCGCUGGACGAAGCGAUCAGUCUGGUGCAGGGUCCGGGACAAAUCAAUCUGGAAUUGGCUCACUCCCUGCCUGAGGUGAUCAGCUGUGUGCAAGCGUACCGCAGUGCUCAGGAAGAGAUCCUCAAAUGUUCUGAUGGGUCUAUACUGAAGGAUAAGAUUGAAGCUCGGGACCAGAUACGACGAGAUCUUCAUGAGAAGCUGGGAACAGCAGUGGAGGAGAUUAACAGCCUGCCACUGAAGGACAGGGGCAAGAGAGUGCAGGAGGUGGUGGCAACUAUGUCCAAGCACUACGAUAACUUCCUCAAGCUGACGCUGCAGUUGCCCCCUUCCCUCGAAAGUUUACUACCGGCAUAUGAAGAGUGGAAGGCCAAGAAGAAAGUGGACGUGAUUGGAGCUCGCAGACAGAGCGACACACUGGAAUCCACAGUGACUACUCUCUUGGGUCAGCUACAGGCGCAACUGUCAGUAAGUCGGGAGCCGGAGGAGGGUGAGCUGUCGGAGGACUUGGCGGGAACUCUCAAAGCCUACAGCGACGUCUUGCAGCAGGAGAUCGCUGUCUGGGACUCAGACAAUCUCCAGGACAGUGCCCUGAUCGGCUCUCUUGCCCAGCUGCUGCUACAGGACCUUCGGCAGGAGAGCGCCUGCGUGGACCAGCUGACCAGCAUGCUGAGCGAGUUCUCCGCCAUGAGGGAGGCGGUCACCCCCUGGCUGCACAGCGCCCCCUCGCUAGACAAGCUGCAGGCUGUGCGCAGCAAGCUGAAGUCCCUCAAGUCGAAGCUGAGGCACAAGCUGGCGGACAAGGCAGACGCGGAGGAGAAUCAAGACACAGAGGAGCUGGAGCUUGUCAGGUCGGAUUUGGAGACCAUCAGAGGCAAAAUACACACAGCUUUGAUGGAGGAAGACAAUUUAUUGGGUGAGCUGAGUACACUUGCCAAGGAUCAUUUCCCGGAAUUGCUGAAUUCAGAGCAGGACCCUGGGUUUGGAACAUAUCUGAUGUACAAAGGCCUGGUGAAGACGUCCCAUGCUCCAGACCACUACAACCUGACCCCAGUGCCUGGGGCGUCCAGCGGCACAUUCACCUCCGUCUAUGACGGCCAGGCUGUCCUCAUCAAGGAGUAUUUCCUGAGCGACGGCAACCACCUGGACAAGGAGGACUUCCUCUCUCAGAUGGGUCUCUUCACCAACGCCUCCUCGCCACAUCUGCAGCCAGUAGAUGCAGUCUUCUUCGAUAAGAACAACCGGCAUGCCUAUGUCCAGGUGAAAAAACAAGGGGAACUGUUGUCCACUCUACUGGAACAGUCGGUGCUGACCAAACAGCAAGUGCAGUCUAUCGUGAGAAGCUUGUGCGUGGCCCUGCAAGCUCUGCACGUCUUCAACUUUGUGCACGGACAGAUCCAGCCCGAGUUUGUGAUGGUGGACGAGGAGGACACGGCCAGGCUUCUUCCCCCCGACUUCUCGUUGACUGACGCUGACCGGUGCCGGUCAAAGUACAUGACGGAGAGCAACCUGGAGCUGACCGCCCCUGAGAUGAAGCAGAGCAUGAUUGUGGUAGAGCCUUGCCACGCUAUUGACGUCUAUUGCCUAGGACUCAUGGCGCUCUGGAUGCACUACCCGAAAGUUCCCUUCCAGGAGAACAAGAACGGAGUGGUAGACAUCUCUGCCGUCCAGAUGGACCGUAACUUGGGUAUCUUCUUGACCAAACUGCUGUGCCCCAACCCCUUGCUGCGGCCCACGGCAGAGAGCUGUUUGCGGUCCGAGUACCUCAACCAGGCGGUGGUGGAAACGACGCAGGGCAGUUCACCACUGCUGCAAGCCAUGCACGGCGGUAAGUCGAGCGAGGCCUCAUCGUGUGCCUCCCCGGCCUUGGAGCAGGACCCGGCCAGACUGAGUCGCAGCUCUGCCAGCCCGGCCUCCAGUAGUGACGGCCCUCUCUACACGGACGCACGGCCCCCCGCUGCACAGCUGAUGGCCAACACGCGUGUCCCUCCCCCUCCCCUUUCUGGCCUGGAUGGUCUUGGUCAGCCUCUAGUCAGCGGCGGCGUGUGCAGCCCGCCCAUGUCCACCAACCACCUACACAACACAGCAGCCGCACCUCCUCCACAGCACCUCCAACAGCAGUUCAUGCAGCAGCAGCAACAACAACAGUUGCUACAGCAACGCUCACAGCUGCAGCAGCAACAACAGCAACAGCAACAACUACAACAGUGCCAUCCGUACCAGCAGCAACCUCCGCCCCCACAGCAAAACAUGCCCGGGGACAAACUGCCACCUCUGGCUGGGGGGCAUCCAACGCCCUCUCAGGACAACGGGGCAUUUGAGAUUGGAACCUUUGACCCCACAGCUUAUGAGGUAGUGACCAGCCCUCAGCCAACGACCCCAGUGGAGGGAGGAGAGCCUGGGGAUGUCAAAGGUCAGCCGGAGGAGGUGGAAGGGGAGGAGGUCAGCUCUGUGACCGCAGCCAACAACGCUGUCCCGGACAACGGGGACACUCAGGGAGAAUGCCUUGUCGACAGCCAGGCAUAGGGAUGACUGAGGCAAUAGAAUGAGGGAGAGAGAGAAAGACACGGAGAGAGAUACAGAGAGAGAGAGAGAUUGUGUUGGGGGAGGCGCGCCCGCCCGCCCCCCCGGCAUGGUUCCCCUCAGUCUCGAAAAGCUCAGGAGAAAAGAGAGCUGGCUUAAGAGUCUGAUCUGCUCUACUGUAAAGAGAGCUACAAUAUUAUUAUAUACUAGAGAUUACUACCCACUCUAUAUGAUAGACACAUUGUUAUAUAACCUUUGACCCGAGCCUGUGUGUGGGUGACCCCACUCUUUUCGGUAGACACGCUACUCUUGGCGCUCAUAUGACCUCGUGCAGUUGUGAGUGCCGUUAAACCUCUACUAAAACAAGACAUGCUGCUCUCUCUCUGUUAUAACCUUUGACCUGAGGGUGUGUGGAUGACCCCAGUCUUUUCGGUAGAUAUGUUACUCUCUCUGUUAUAUCUUUUGACCUGAGAGUGUGUGGACGACCCCACUCUUUUCGGCAGACACGCUACUCUCUCUCUCUGUUAUAACCUUUGACCUGAGUCUGUUUGUGAUGACGCAGUGAUCAGUCGAGAAUCCUGCUGGCUUCCUGUGAUGAGUUCUGGUUGACGGCACGCCCGGAUGUUGAUCCCAUGGACCACGAUUGUGGUGUGCUCCGAUUUCUUCGUGUUCGAGUCCAACAAGCUGUUUGGGCCUAUUCUUCUCUUAUUUGAAUCUCCUCAGAGUUCUCCUUAAGUGUGUGUGCGCAUGUAUUUACUGAUCCAUACAUUUGCGAUCAAGAGUUGUGGAACUCAUUUGUUAUAAGGAAGAGGAAAUGUUUUCUGAAGGGGAGACAAAAAUGGGUGAAAGUGUUGGGGGAGGGGGUGGGGGGCUGAUGUUGUAUAUAUAGAAUUUGCUUCACUUAAGUUUUCUGUAGAUAUUUUGUGUCCCCAGUCACUUUGGGAUGUUCACUCCUUCUCUAUUUAGAGGUUGUGUGUGUUGGUGGGGGGGGAGGGGGGGUUGUGAGAUGCUCUCUUUGUAGCAGAGGGGGGGGGGGCUCUGCUACUUUAUUUUCUCUCCCGUGUUACCUUUUAUUCUCAUCUGUCCCUGAUACAGUUGUCAGCGUUUUUGGACAGACACAUGGGAAAUAAUUGCUCCUCAGCUACAACAACCAGUUCAUGUAACUUUGUGUGUGUGGAAGGGGAUAUGUUGAAAUAGGUCCCGUAAAGACAGCAUCUUUGUUCUUUUGGAAGAGUUGCCUGUUAAAAAUGAUGUGUUUGGGGUUUUUUAAAAUCCUGAAACUACUAUACCAUAGUAGGGGCAUGUUCUGAAACACAAUCGUCAUUGACUCAGAUUUUUCUUCCUUGGGGGAUGGGGGUGAGUCUGUGGAGUCUGCUUUAGCUGAAAUCAGUGGGGCCUCAAAAGUUUUCUUUAAUUUUGCUGUGUUUUGGGUUUAGAAAGAUUGACCAAACAGCGAAGAAGAAAAAAUUGGGCUUUCUGUUUUCUUUGGGUUUACCGGGGGGGGGGGUUUUCAGAUUAACCGUGUCCGGUUGAAAUGGACUCCACCGUAGUUGCUGUAAAAAUAAAUGAAGUCUAGUGUAUUGGAAGUAUGACUUUUAAAUGUUCUUACUUUCCCCAAACCCUAGUUGAGAGCCUUGUGCAGGCUUCACUGUCGUCAUUCAAUUAACCCCUAUAUUGCCUUAUGACGUACCUGGUAUGUCACGAAAAUGCCUAAUUGUUAGCUUUGUCAAGAAAGUUAGCGAAGUUUGCCGCUCCAGGUUGCCUGUAAGUAAGAUGUUACAUUUUCUUCAUGCUGGUCAUCUGGCUCUUACAGACUUGCCAACCUGUAAGCAAUAUGGGUGUUCUAGUUUGCAAAACUGUCAGCAAUACACACAAAUGUGCGUCGAAACGAUCAAAUGCGCAUCUUUUGAUUUUCUGAUAAGCAUGAUUGCCAUUGGUAGAAACCCGCUGUCAAGCCCUACUCAGAUUGUAAAACUUGUCCCAGGUCUCUACCUCUCCUUGUGAAAGGCCUGGAAUUUGUCAGUGUUGUCCGAUUCCGCUUAAUUCGAGUACUCAUCGUGAGUUGGGAAUACGCGAGCAGUUUGCCAAUACUUCUUGUUUUGUUUUUUCCAUUAAGUAUCAGAAUCGGAAAUUAAUUGGCAUUCGAUGAUAGAAUUUUGUUUGCGUUCAGGCUUUUGGGUUGUUUUUUUUUACUGCUGAAAUCCCACUGAGUUCCGGGUUGUCGGUCUUGAAAUAUCAACAGAGCCUCCUUUUUGCAAUGUCGCAAAAUAAGCAUUUCAUUUUCAAAAUAAGCAAAAUCAUGAUUCCCCAGCCU